CCACCGGAAGGUUUUCUGAACAAUCGAUCAAUCGCAGGACCGAAAAAAGAAAAAAUUAAAAGUGUUACAAUCUACCCUUGACCACAGUAUAUAACAGACGUCGGAAACUGCUCUCUUACAUACAAUAUUCACUAUGCGUUUCUUAUGUAUCAUCGCACUUAUGGCACCCAGUAUACAAGCUGCAUUGAUUUUUACACUCGGCAGUCGAAAAUCCCCAGCGCUGAGCGUUGACGGGAACUGUGACCAAGUUCCAAGUUACUUCCAAUUUUCACAGCUGGUCGCCAACAAUGGAAACGUCGAUUGCACUAUAUACGAAAACAAUGACUGCACAGGACGGUCAACCAUAGUACCAGCAAACAUGGAGAUCGUAAACAUUCAAAGGGCAGAGUCUUCAAAGUGUUAAUGACUUUUCCUAAACCUGUAAACUUUGCUGUUCUAGCCUUACCAUUGGCUUUUUUUCUUUUCUCUUAACAAUGUAAAUUGAAUUUGCAUUGGCAUUUGCCCUCAUCCUAAUAUUUGUAAAAAAUGU